GCAUCAAUUUGUACAGUCUUCAGUUGGCACCCCUGGUUUCUCUCCUCGCAACUGAGUGGCGAGAGAGGUUUUAUUCUGCGUUAUUGUUAUGAUCGGAGCCCGACGCAACAUGAGCCAGCGGGAGCCGCUGUUGACAGACGCCUGGGCUGCGAGGCGUGCGUGUCAGCGCGCAACAUAAGACGACAAAACCAAGGGGGAGAGUGAGAGAGAGCGCAUCGCUGGAUGUUAAAGGUUUUGGUAGAUCUCAUGGUGUAAAACAGCCCAGUCAGUAAACAACUGGAACCAGUUCAGUCCCUGCAAUGGCUUGUGUCGUGAAAUGGACAUUAUAAAGAAGGAAUAAUGAAAACAAGGACACACAAAGAAUCGAUGCCCAUGCGCAGUGGGCGACGGAGGGGGGCGAGCGAAGAGAGAAGGGGUAGACGCCCACACCAAAGCCCCACUCGCCCCGAUCGCAAUGACCGACAAACGCAAAGAGGUGCUGGUGAAGAAUUGGCUGGAAAUCGCUUCAGUCGCAGAUCACAAGGGCAUGAUUCAUCAGAGAGUGAGGGGGAGGAACUUGUGUCUCCUCCAAAGAGGCAGAAAGUUCAGGAUUCGGCCUGUACUCCAAACCCUCCAACAUCAACACACUCAACUGAAAGUUCGACUCCUUCCACCGUUCCACCUCCAACCACAGUUACCAGCCAAUCCCGUGAGAGUGACAACGAAGAUGGCCAAUCCCAAGGCAGUAGGAGUUCGGUUGUCGGGAGUCUUGCUAAUAGCAGUAGUAGUCUGAGCAGUGGGCGGGAUAUAGACCAGGACAAUCGUUCCUCAUCUCCAAGUCUUUCUGCUUCGCCGCUUGGUAGCCUGGACUCUGAUUCCGAUGCCCCGGACUCACCAAAGCAAGGAGAUCGGGAGAAGGGUAAAGAGGGAGGAACAGGGAAGGGUGGAGGAGAGGACAGGAGACCGCUACGGGAAGGAAGAGGGGAGGACUCCUCUGGAGACGGAGAAAAGCGAGACAUAGAGGCAAUUGAAGAUUGUCCAUCUCUGAAGCCCCCCUCUACUCCUUGCUCUUCCUCUGGUCUCACUCCUUCUCUUCGUGGGGCUGGAGAUUCGUCAAAUGACAGCAAUGGUGGGAGGAAAUCAUAUUUCUCCCUGGACUCAAAAUUGAUUUGUAAGGUUGAGUAUGGUACACCAGCGGGUGUUGAAGGUGCCCUUAGUGGAAGCAGAAUGACAUCCAAAGCCAGCACACAGUGCGUAACUAAGACAGCUAUCUCUGGAGGAGAUUUUUCUCACAAUAGCCCCAACCUUCCUCAUUCUUUACCCCCACCACUUCCUCCUCCACCUGCCCUGAAGCCUUUAGAGCAUGGGGGGCAAAACCUACCUGUUGAGGUUAAGACAGAAAGAGACAAAUUAGAAAAAGCAGACAAACUCCUGGACAAGACUCAGUCCACGCCUCCUUCCCUGCUGCCACAGACUGGCCCACCGCCACAAUCCCAGUCUCAGCCUCAGUCCCAGCCCUCCAGUCACCCUCACCACUACAGCUCCUCCAGCUGGCAAGGUGGCACAGCAACUGGUUGCCAGGGGAGCUGGGGCUACACCCGUUACCCUGGCAACCACCACCCACACCAACCACAGCACCAGCCCCCAGUGCAGCAGCAACAACUUCCCUCAGUUUAUAACCCUCCAUCCUCUCGCCACUCCUCCUCCCACCCCUCUUACCUCCCCCAUCCUCACCCCCAUCCCCACAGGGAGUACCUUCCCAGGUAUGCUGGAGGGGGAGGGGACAGAGAGAGGGGGGCCGCAGGAGAGAGGGAGAGGGGAGUGAGGGGGGAGUGUGGGGGGAGGGAGAUCAGUCGUGAGUUUUCUGCUCCCACUGGUAACAGCAGCAACAAUAGCAGUGGGGGAAAUAGUAAUACUGGGUCUGGUGCGAUGGGAGGUCCCAACAACAUUCAAGGUAGGGAGUUUGGGGGCCUGUCGGUAGGUCAGAGUCGGGAAUACCAAGGUUCUGCGAGAGAUGGACCCAACUUGGGUCCAGAAAGAAGAGACUUUGGUCCAGCUUUCAGAGAUAGGGAGCGUGACAGGGAAAGGGAACGUGAAGGAGGAAGGGAUUUUAAUCUGCCAAACCAAAACCAGAGUAGAGACUUUGUCCCCAGCGGAGCUUCAGGGGGGCUUCCCAGAGACAAAGAUGGGAGCAGAUGGGGUGAGUUUGGAGUCCAGACAAGAGAGGUUGUGAGCAACAGCCACCCCAACAGCAACUCCAUCCCACAGGGAAAUACCCCAGGUUCAACUAGUGGGCUACCAGUCACCCCCUUACUAAACCGUGACCCACCUGCAUCACCCCAUUCCUCCCUACCCCUGGCCCCCCACCCCCAUCCACAUCCUCCAAACUCAUCAAACCGAGACUUCCCUCCUCCUAUGGACCAGGCACAAACACCCUCCUCUGCAGCAGACCACUUUCACAGAGAGUAUCCUCCUCCUGGAGGAAAAGACUUUCCUACCGGGGCACCUCCUUCCUCUGGCACAAAUCGGGAGUACCUAAGCUCUCCUGGCGUAACGCCAAACCUAGCACGAGAGUAUUCAGGCCACGGUGGAACCCAGCAUACCCAUCCACCUCAUCCACAUUACCAGUCUGGGCCAAAAGAUAGAGAGAGGGAUCCAAACUUGCGUGAGUCUCCUAUGUACCAAGGCCGUGGAGGCCCAAAUCAGCCUCCUGCACUUUCUCCUUCAUCCUCUUCCAGUCAUCAUGGACCAUACCCCAAUCCACCACCUCAGCCACCUUUACCCCCACCUCAGACCUCUCAUUCCCAGCCACCCCCCUCAGGGAUUGCACCCAGUGUACGUCCCCCACACUAUCAGUCUUCUGCCCAGACACCUCCAACACCACUCUCUCCUUUACCAAGCCCAUCCACCAAUCAGAUGGGACCCUUCUCAUCUUUUCCCCCUGGCUCUUCCUCUGCUCCCGGUGUACAACUUCCUGUACCAGGUGUGCCAUCCAGCUGCUCGCCUGGAUGUCGUCCUUCCCCUUUCCAUGGCACUUUGAACAACCACCCUCAGUUCAGUGGAACAUAUCAUCCCAGCGGCAACAACACCAGUAACCUGUCAAACAGCAGCAGUAACAGUAGCGGACCCAGUAGCAGCAAUACCAACUCGCAGUCACUCUCACCUCAAAAUGUCUCCAAGGGGCCUCCACCUCUUAAUAACUCCACCAAUAACAAUAGCAUCUCCACACCUGCCUCCAGCUCUUCACUCUUAAGUGGAGAUGGACAUUUGGAUCCAGGCCCACCUUCCACACCCGUCAUCAAGGAAGAACCAAUAGAGGAAAGGGAAGAAAUUGAAAGCCCGCCACCGUUAUUAAGUCCCUCACCUGAGCCAAAACCUGUGGACAUUCCUAUCCAUGCGAGCCAGUCAGCACGGUUUCACAAGGUCCUUGACCGUGGCAGUGGAAACUCUUGUGCCCGCAGUGAUGUCCUGUUUGUGCCAUUAGACGGGUCCAAACUGUGGAAGAAGAGGAAUGAGAUGAUUGAGAGGGCCCGCAGAGAGGUUGAACAGCGAGCUAGAGACUUAAGAGAGAAAGAAAGGGAACGAGAGAGGGAGCGUGAGCGUGAGAGGGAACUGGAUCGACAUCUACAGCAGCAGAAGGAUGUCACUGUUGCUGGAGGGUGUCGCCAGGGUUCCACACUCUUCUUUCCCCCCUCAUCUUCUAUUAUUCUUGACCCUUCAUCUCCUGCUUGUUCAUCUGGAAACCCUGUCACACACUCUCAUCCUCACGCCCAGCAUCACCCCUCACAUCCACAUGCUCACCUUCCUCCAGCACACCAUCUCCACCACUCUCUCUCCCACAGUAUCCCCCACUCCCUUCUCUUGCCAUCCAUGGGUGGGGCAUCGGCCGUGCCACAGGGGGCCCUGGGAAUAGGUUUAGGGGGUCCAUAUUUGGGCCCUGACACACCAGCAUUGAGAACUCUGAGUGAAUAUGCUCGCCCACAUGCUAUGUCUCCACUUGGGGCUGCAAGUCGUGCCCAGGCACAUCACCAACAGGUUCACCAUGGGCAUCCCCAUGUCCACCCCUCAUUCUUUCUUCCUCAGUUUCAGAAUCAUGCUUUUGGGCACCCAAAUCACCUGCCUACUGAUGCAGCUACAGCCGCAGCUAUCUUGGGUUUUUUAUACGGCGGCGGCCUUGAUGGUGGUCCAGGUGUUGGGGGCCAUCCCGGGGUGGCAGGAGGCCCAGUACACGGAGGGUUUGGAGCCGCUGGAUUAGGAGGUGUCGGCUUCCCUCAUGCUAUGGCUCAUCAUCGAGAUCGGAUGAAACCGGGAUUUGAAUUUAAGAGUGAUGAACGGGUUUAUCCACCAGGAUCCAUACCUGAAGCUGCAGCUAUUGCUCUUGCUCACUCACAUUCCCAUGCCCACACCAAUGCCCAUGCACAUGCUCACUCCCUUCUAUUAGGCGGAGGUCCACCAGGAGCUAAUGAGGUGUCAAUCUAUGGUACUCCUCCACCUCCGGCUCCACCUGGUCCUCCGCACCUCCAGAACCCAACCCUGGUGCCAGUAACCCGACCUCCCAACCCCCCUGCUCCACAAUCCCUGUCCAAUCCUCCUCCUUCAUCUCUGCUCCCACCUUCUCUCCCCUCUCACCCUUCAUCUGCUCCACCAGCCACCCCAGCAGCCCCAGCAGCCCCUGCUCCUCCGCCGCCGGCUCCUCCCCAACCUACUCCACCCACCUCCAAUGCCGCCUCCCUGCAUCACCCAGUCCCCCAUUCUUCUUUUCCCAGCUCCCUGUCUUCUCAUGUGCCACCGGCCCCCGCCCAAGCCGCUCCCCCCGAGACCUACCCUACUCCCACGCGCUCCCCCGCCUCCUAUGAGCGUGACAGGAGUGGAGAAAGAGAGCGGGAAAGGGAUCGAGACAGAGCAUCUUUGCCAGCUUUUGGUGACAGAGAGCGCGAGAGGGGAGGAAGUGGUGGUGGAGGAGGAGGAGGAGCAGCAGGGAGUGGAAGUGGAACAGGUGGAGGAGGUGGAGGAGAAAAUCUGGGGCGUCUUCAGAUGUUAAACGUGACACCUCACCACCACCAGCAUUCACACAUCCACUCACAUCUUCACCUGCAUCAACAAGACACAGCGGCGGGCGGGGUUCACCCCCUGAUGGACCCGUUGGCGUCGGGGUCUCCUUUGGCACGCCUCCCGUACCCAGGAGCCACACUAGGCACCCCCAUCCUGGCUCACCCCCUCACUGACAGCGAGGUUCUCCGCCAGCAGCUGUUCGGUGAGGAGAAGGCUCCUCGUCCAUGUGCUCCCUUCCGUGAACUGCCACAGCCGACCUCCCUCACAGGUCCCAUGUCUGCAGCCCAUCAGCUCCAGGCCAUGCAACAGGCCCAGAGCGCGGAGCUGCAGAUCCAGAGACUGGCCCUGGAACAGCAGUGGAUCCACCACCAUCACCACCACUCCCUCACCCAGGAUGAGUAUUACAGUCACCUGAAGAAAGAGAGUGACAAGACCCUGUGAGGGAGGGGCACGACGGAAAGCAACACGAAGGAAAUCGAGAUGUGCGAGAACAGCACAAAUAUAGCAAGAAAAGCACUGACAGACAACGAGGGAACAAAGAUUUCUUAAAGCGAGCUGGACUAAUGGACAGGACAUCCACUGAAGGAAACAACAAGAUUUUGAAGGACUGACAGAAGAUGGAGGAUGGCAUCAAAAAGUUGCACACAGUCCCCUGAUAGGUGCAUCCGACUCCGACGCCCUCCUGCGGUUAUGUUUUGUGCGCUGUACAGUAUAUUAGACGGGGACAACGAUAGUGAAGUACAGUAUGUGUAAAAUACCUGAUGCCAGAAGAAUGUGUACACAAGUCUCUUUUAUGUUGUUGCAUGUAGCUAGGCGCUUAUUCUAAACUGGUGGAACUUUUCGGUUCUGUUUUUAGUAAUUACCCCCUCUUUUGUACCUGAGGGGGCUUCUAUAUGCAUGAAACCAGCAAUUUAGUGUUUUUGUUAUGUUUAUGAUCAAUAGUAUUGUUAUUAUGAUUAAUGUUGUUUGUUUGUUGAUAAUGAUAUAAUUAUAUAUACAGCACAUAUUAUUUGUAUUAUUUUUUUACAUUUUCAUGGUAUGGCAGUCAGUUUUUAUUUUUUAUUUUCAAUUUACCUUGUGAAACAAGAUGCAAAUGAAGGCAAAAAAAGAAGAAAAAAAAUC